UUAAGGAGAAAUAUCUACCAGUUCCAAGACAUAAAUGAUUAUCUACUAGUCAAUUAAUCAAUAAUCAAUGCUCCUUACUGACUUCCACUGAACAGUUAUUGGCCAAAAAAAUUUAAAAAAAACAGGAAGAAGACGAAGUAGAUUUAUAAAUCAAAUAGCAUGAGGUUGCAGCAAAACACAUGAGGAAGAAAAUGGCGAAGGAACUUCAUGUGGUGAUGCUUCCAUGGUCUGCCUUUGGCCAUAUGAUGCCAUUCCUUCAACUUUCCAUCGCCUUAGCCAAAUUUGGAGUUCGAGUCUCUUUUGUGUCAACCCCAAAAAAUAUUGAAAGACUUCCCCAAGUCCCUUCCACUUUAGCCUCUCUCAUAAACCUAGUGGGCUUGCCAUUAUCAGAACUGCCGAAUGGCGACCUACCCGAUGGUGCAGAAGCUACGGUGGACCUCCCAUUUGAUAAGAUCCCACAGUUGAAAAUGGCUUACGAUCUCUUGCAAGACUCGUUUCAAAAAUUUUUAGCAGAUCAAUCUCCAGAUUGGAUAAUCAUUGAUUUCAUGUCUCACUGGGUGAUUGACAUUGGCCAAGAACUAAAUAUUCCUGUAAUGCACUUCAGUGCAUUUUCUGCUGCUACAGGUGCAUUUGCUGGUCCUCCAGAAUAUCUGACUGGGGAAGCCAGAAUGAAGGUCAGGCCAUCCAUGGAAUCUCUGAUGUCACCCCCACCUUGGGUCAAAUUUCCUUCAUCAGUUGUAGAAAAGAAGCACGAGGCCUUCUAUAUGUUCAAUUUCUUCUUUGGAUCAAAUGGCACCCAGUUCUCUGACGUAGAACGGCUCGCACAAAUCAUGAAGAAUAGCCAAGCAAUUUUGAUAAGGACGUGUAGUGAGUUCGAAGGCCCUUACUUCGAUCUGCUUAACGAACUUCACGAGAAGCCAGUAUUAGCAACAGGUUUUCUCCCACCAGAUGUGCCAGAAAGAACAAAAUUUGAUGAUCAGCCAUGGAAAGAUAUUUUCAAGUGGCUGGAUGAACAAAAGCCAAAGUCAGUUGUGUUUAUUGGGUUCGGCAGUGAAUGCAAGCUCAACAGGGAACAAGUUCACGAGAUAGCUCACGGGUUAGAGCUCUCAGAUCUGCCAUUUAUCUGGGUUCUGAGAAAACCAGAAUGGGCUAAGGACGAAACAGAAGUUCUACCUCCUGGGUUUGGUUCAAGAACCAGAGGAAGAGGGGUGGUGAGCUUAGGUUGGGCGCCCCAGAUGGAAAUCCUGAGCCACGAAUCAAUUGGGGGUUCAUUGUUUCACGCAGGAUGGGGCUCUAUGAUUGAGAUUUUAGGGUUUGGGCAUAGCCUUGUGCUUCUUCCGAUGAUAGCCGAUCAAGGUUUAAACGCAAGAUUACUGGUAGAGAAAGGCUUGGGUGUGGAGAUAGAGAGAGCAGACGAUGGAUCUUUUAACAGACAAGACAUAGCAAGAGCUUUGAAAUUAGCCAUGGUUUUGGAAGAAGGAGAGCCGUUGAGGCUGCGUGCAGGGCAGGCUGCUGCAAUUAUCAGAGACAUGGAGCUGCAACAUCAACACUACAUUGGCCAACUUGUCCAUUUCAUGGAAUCAUAUCAAACAAAGUAACUAUCGUCUGC